UGUGUGUAUUUUUCAGGAUCCACUUGCUCUUGUGCAUUGUGUCAGUCGCGUGUGAGGCAAGAUGAAGGCUUCUGGUGAUUUGAAGGAGUAUGAAAUCGUCGGGCGGAGAAUCCCGUCCGCGAAGAACCCGAAGCCUCAGCUGUACAAGAUGAGAAUAUUUGCCCCCGAUCACAUUGUCGCAAAGUCUCGCUUCUGGUACUUCGUGAAGAAACUAAAGAAGCUGAAGAAAGCCAAUGGCGAAAUUGUCGGCCUCCAGAGGAUUCGCGAGAAGAACCCUUUGAAGAUCAAGAACUUCGGAAUUUGGCUGAGGUAUGAUUCCCGUUCGGGUACCCACAACCAGUACCGGGAGUAUCGCGAUGUGACAGUGGCUGGGGCUGUGACUCAGUGCUACCGUGAUCUUGGUGCGCGUCAUCAAGCUAGGGCUUCGACUGUCCAGAUUCAAAAAAUCCAGCUGGUUAAGCCGGCUGACUGUCGUCGUGCUCACGUCACCCAGUUCCACGACAGGAAAAUCAAGUUCCCGCUGUUGAAACGUAGCAAGCGUGACUUGACGUUGAAUCCAUUCACGACUCUGAUGAUCGGUUUGAAAUACUUUUUCAUCUACGACAAUUUGUACCAGUCGGUUCUCAACGCCAGUCAAGACGAUGACGAUGGCGCGAGUUUUAGUGACGAUCCGAGCGGAGUGUUGCCUUAUUUCUAUCCCACAUACACACCUACGGACACGAAGGUCUUCCUUACCGGUCAGAUAGUUGGCGCUUUGCAAAUCGCUGCCGUUUUGGCCUCUUCGCGUGUUCGGCGUUUGUCCUUAGUUAAUGAAGAAGUUCUCGUUUGGAGAUUUCCGCGAUGCCUUAUGGUGCUGUGCUAUGAAGGUGCGCUUCCUGUGGAAACACUGGAGAUGCACUUUCAUCCUCUGGUGGAGUCCGCCGCAUAUUUCUAUUUGUACCAAGUGGUGAAUCGUAGUGCCUCGACACCACCGCCGAGUGCCAAAACGCUGCCGGAAUUGGAUCUCGGUUAUUACGACUUGCCAUCUGCUCCGUUUGACACGCAUCAAGUUUCAGAAAACGUGUUCAUACCCGCCAUUUACUCGACGUCUCCAACGGAAGAGGAGGUUGUAGAAGCGACGAGCGUGUUGGAGACGAUACAACCGCUGAGGUUGAGUGACGAAGACAAGCAGGCUGUUGAUGGGUUUGUGUUCACUGUCGCGAAUCUGCUGCAGAAUCUCUGUUCGACCCUCAGGCCGGAGAUGACUUUGUUGAAUCUCUCGAGGAGUGGUAACGACGUGUUCGUGGAAUCUCAAGAGCUUCUGAGCAGAAUGCGAAAAGAUUUUGGUGCAAAUGGAGGCGCUUUGUUCUUUUCGAAGCGGUUGGUGACGAGUACCUUGGGUGUGGGCAUCACGAAAUUAGUGGCCCUGGUCGACCUGAGUGCACUAGUCCCCGCCGAAGUCUGUGUAGCUCCUGGAAAAUCAGCGGGAAACCGAUUGGGAGUUUACCGGGUUCACGUGAGGAAAGAAUCCGUUGGUGAGGACUGUGUCGUGGAACAUCAACAGUCUGAAAAUACUACAGCUGAGAAAAGUCCUGAGAAGCUUUCGGCUGCUACUUUACGAGCGAUGUCGAAAAAUGGGUCUUUGACAACCAAUUACUGGCGAUUGUUGAAGCGUGUGGAGAAGCGGAGAAUUAAACAAGCGUCGAGGAAACGAGAUGAAGGGCAAGGAGGCACGAAUCUGACGAGGAACGAAGACCUUGGAUCUUUCGAGGACAUUCCGCUGAGUGCAGCUUAUUGCGACAAUUUAGAUGACGAGGCUGAGGGAAAAGAUGUGGAGGUUGACGACGAAGACGAGAGUGCAGCCGACAGCUGCGACGAGGACGAUAACGAGUACAAACCAGCGUUCAUGAUCACGUACCGCGUGGAAGACAUGGAGUCUUUCUUUCUCUGUGAGAGAGUGCCUGAGAACCUUACCAGGAUGGCUGAAGUGCUGCACAAGGCGUUGGGAAACCUGGAGGGUUCAAUCUGGUGUCGGGUGAAAAUGACUGCGACGGGUAAUGGGUUAAAGUCGAACAAGUUCGGUUGGUUCCAGUGGGACAGGCAAUGGGGAUCUGCGAUUCAAGACGGGAAAAUCGCCGCAGACCAGAGAGAUGCCUUGCAGCUGGUGAAUCAUCAGCUUUCUUUGCAGCCGUGCGAUUUCGAGGACUGGCACAGUGAGGAUGAUGAUGAUGUUAUUCAGGAGCUCUUAUGCAGAUCUGGUCAAGACAUGAUUUACGGAAGACGGUCUCACAGCAGGGACUUGUUUUACUGGAGCGAGUGUCCGGUGCUUCAAACUGGUGCACCGUCAACUACGAGUGCAUUGGCUGAGUUUCCUGAACGAGCGAGGAAGCACCUCAAGCGGCUAAUUUUGUAG